GGCCGGAAGCGGGGCCGGGGGCGGUUUUCCCUGUGGUGCGUUCGGAGGGGUUCCGCGAUGGAGGUCUCUGGCCCGGCCUCGAGCGCGGUCGGGCGGCCGUUGACAGAAGACGAGAUGGCCGACGUGAAGAAGGAGGCUUUAGAAAGGAUGCGUCCUUACUUGUGUGACAAAAUUAUAGCUGAGAGACACUUUGAUUACCUGCGUUCAAAGAAAAUACUCACUAGAGAGGACACAGAGGAGAUCUCUUCUCGAUCUUCUAGUAGGAAAAAAACUGGGAAGUUAUUGGACUACUUGGCAGAAAAUCCAAAGGGACUGGAUGCUUUGGUUGAAUCCAUCAGGCGAGAAAGAACACAAAACUUUUUGUUACAGAAGAUAACUGACAUAGUGUUGAAAGUCAAAAAUGAAAAACUUGAAGCUCUCAAAGGUCUAAGUUGCAGCACCUGUCUGACCUCGCUGUAUGGAGGAACAAAUAACCUUUCUAGAUCAUAUUCUGAUGAAUCCAAUUUUUUUGAUAAAACAAAAGACAAAGAAUCUACUCAUAUGCAUAAUCCAGAAGAAGAUUAUAGCACUGCUGCAUUUAUGUCUGCUGUCUCUCUUCAUUCAAUGAAUCUACCUGUUGCAGAGAUGGGGAAUGCUGAGAGUGCAAUUUUUUCAGCCACUCUUCCAGGCCCUGGAGACCCUGGUGCACCCCCUCUCCCUCCAGAACUCCAGUCAGAACAGCAAGAACCAUCUACUAGUUCCAGUGACAAUUGCUUUUUGCCUUUAAGGUCACGUUCUCUUCAUCCACAGUGAACUUAGUGACAUUUGUCUGUUCAUCCAAAUGCUACUGAAGCUGAGUUUCAGUCUUUUAAGGGUAAAAAAUGUUUUCAAACCGUUAAUUUGGGUAAUCAGAGAGAACAAUCAAUGCUACUUGAUGUUUUUAAAGUUUUGUUUUGUUUUGUUUUUGUAAUCAAGUGUCUCUAGCUGCUUUUGUUUUUCUUAAGGAGUUUGGUUGUUUUUGUUUUUGUUUUUAAUUAUGGUACCAUACCAGCAGAAGUUGUUUCUUUGUUGUUUUGCUUUUUGUUUGUUUGCUUUGUUUUUAAACCAAUAUAUUUAAGAUACCACGUUUAAUUGCAGGUACUUAAGCUGCAGUUACAGAAUAGUAACAACAAAUGUCAUUUUUUUUUUUAAUGUUUUGUGGUGAGUGAAAAAGCAGCAGUGAUUAAGAAAAGCACUGAGUAUUGAAAAGUAAUGUCCUGGACUAAAAGCUUAAGCUCACAUGCAGAAAAGCUUAAAUUCAUGCACUAAAUUAACGUGUCCUCCAUAUAUGAGUAUAAUUUGCAAAAAAAUAUUUUCAUUUGGGGGGGGGGAAAAAAGCCUUACUAAAUCUGUAGCUAUGCUUAUUCACAAGAAGGCUCUUAAUUUUCUGGACUUUCUUUGUCUGACCAGUAAACUGAAAGGCACUCAAUAUCAAAGUGAUUUUGAGCCAGCAAGUACAUAUUCACAAGCCCUAGCAUGCUAUUAUUGUAAUAUAACUUAGAAAAUCAUGAUUUGAAAUGCACUUUAAAUACAAAUUCUCAUUAAUUUUUAGAAAGGAAAGUUUUUUAAAACUCGUGAAGGCUGUCAGAAAAUGUUUUGUAUAAUGCUGUUAAGGACUAAGGCUUGUGUGUUUUGUCCUGGUGGGUGAGCAGAGGAGUCUUGUGGCAAGGAAGUGCCCUUAACUGAACGAUUCUUGGAAGUGUUGUACUUCAGAUACCUGCUCUUCAACACAGACAUGUUUACAGUUGUUUAGAAUUGAAGGCAUUUAAACUAUUUGAUCAUGGGAAGGUUCUCGUAUUUCUGAACACAACAUAACGCAAUAUUCCUCUUAUACUCUGCCUUAACCACUUUAAAAUUACUAGGCAAACUUUUUCUUGGAAAUGCACUCUUGCAGCAUUCUGUAAUGCUGCUCUUCAAAAGGAUGCUUUCAGUAUAUCGAAAGACAAGUUUUCUAUUUCUUGCUUUGAAUUCUUUUUGUUUUCAUACAGCUGUGUAAUUCCAUUCAAGACGAAAGCCAGGUAAUAACCCUGAGUUGUGUUUUCCUUUUGUGCAGACAGGCCUUCUGCAGGACCUCUGCAUAGUCUCUACACUUUCAUUUCAUGUUUGCUCUGGUUUCAGGAGUAGGUGAAAAUGACCUGCAGUGUUCAAUUGUCAUCCAUAUUCAGUACGUGAAUAGCUUACAUUUGCUUAUAAUGUGAGCUUCUGCUUGUGUAUUUAUAAAAAAGCCUUGUCUUGUAAACGUCCGAAGACCUUCAAGAUGGUGAAAAUGAUUCUAAGUGAAACUCAUCAGUACAGGUGGCACUCUGGGAUCUAAAUUUAAGUAAAAUCUUGCUCUCUAACAUGAAAUAGAGGAUAAGUGCAGAUCUUUCUUCCCUUAACUUGUGCUGCAGUUGCCCAUACUCAGGAUGCAUAGAAGUUUGUGUCUAGAUAUCUCUUUGGUGGCUGUAUACCACUUGAAGAGUUGCAUGUGUGUUCUCAAACUUUUUUUUUUUCCUCCUUGUUUUCACUUCCUUGGAAGUCUAGACUUGGGUCCCUUCUUGGGUUCUUGUAAAUGGGGAGAGAGCAAGCUUGGCCUUAACUGAAAAAGGGCUUUAGGUCACUGUGGAAACUGUCUUGCAGUUGUAUGUCAGAACACGCAGUGUGAGCUGCCUGCCACGCUGCACAGUGAGCAGCAGGCCUGCCUGUGUGGGGAGUGCUCCUGCAAUGGAGCUUCUUAACCUGAGACUUUAAAUGAAUGUAUAACCUUAUUAAUGUUUAUAAUGGGCAUUUUUAAGAAAAAUGAAAUAUUUUUAGCACGACUUUUGAAUAAAUUCUUUUGUAUAUUU